UAUGAUAAAACAAAAGACAGUCUACAAUGCUGAAGUGCUGUUGUUUUGACUUCAGACCAGAUCAGAUUGUGGUUAUUGAGGCAACAGAAACAAACUUAGUUUUUUGUGAAAAUUCAUAGAAGGGGCAACCAGCCAUGAAAAGAAGUGCUAAUUUCUUCGGACUGAAUCCUUUCGAGCGACACAAAAUCCUGAUAAAUGAAUACCUAUUAACCAAUCCGGACGCAUUCAAGCUCCUCCAGCGCGAUAGGACAAGAGAUAAACGUGACAUAGACGUCAUCCGAGAAAAUCACAGAUUUCUUUGGUCUGAAGAGGAGGGGGAAGGAUCCACUUGGGGAGAAAAAUUAGCCAAGAAAUACUAUGACAAACUUUUUAAGGAGUACUGCAUUUGUGACUUGAGUAGAUACAAGGAGAACAAGGUUGCAUUGCGGUGGCGUGUAGAGCAAGAAGUUGUUGUCGGGAAGGGACAAUUUGAGUGUGGAAACAAAGAGUGCAAGGAGAGGGAGCAAUUAACAUCAUGGGAAGUGAAUUUUGCCUACAAAGAACACGGAGAAAAGAAAAAUGCUCUCGUGAAAUUAAGGCUAUGUUCAGCAUGUUCCAAAAAGUUGAACUAUCACCACAAAAAGAAGGAAGCUCGCCCAAGAGUAGACCUUAGACAAGAGACUGAAGAUGGAAGUGCGCCUAAGAGAAGGAAAACUGAAGAGGACGUCGAAGUCCCUGAGAAAGUCAAUAGUAAAGAAACCACUGAAAGCAGUAAGGUUGUUGACGAAAGUAAGGUCUGGAAAGAAGCUGGUGCCCCAGUGCAGGGAAAAUCAAGAGAUGUUGAGUUUCAAGAAUACUUUGACGAUCUUUUCAUGUGACUCAGCUGGCUAUUUGUCAGAAAAUAAAAAAAAACUCAUGGCA